AUGGCAUCGCCAUCAUCAACACCACAACCGGCAGGCGACGACCCGACCCUCGGCCCUCUAGUCCGACUCUGGGGGCUGCGCGCGAGCCAGCUACCAGCAGCCGGCGAGACGCCCGACGGCGUAGCGCCACUACUAAUCUCGAUCCUGCAGGAGGCUGUCCCGUUCAUCGAUACCGUCGCGCCUAAGAACUCUACUGACAGCAGGUGGUGGAAGCCCAAAGGCAGCAGCGCCAAGACGUUUUCUGCAGCCGACUGCGCCGCGCCCGUCGCUCUGUUUGAGCGUAGGGUUGAUGUUGCUGAGCUCGAGCGCAUUGCUGCGCGGAGUGGCCAGGCCGGGAAGAAAGUCGAGGCGGCUGAGGUUUGGAGCUGCCGCCGAUCCCUCCACCAGGAUGCCGCCGCCAAGGGAACCGCCAGCUGGCACGAGUUCCGAGACUGCUUCAAGGACCGCCACGUCGAGACCGAGGAUGCCUUCACACCAAGCGUGGUGGGAGCGCGGCAGGCGGCCGUGUGGGACUGCGGGAGCGUUGAGGCCGAGGAAGCCGGCGAGACGUGGGGGCACUUCACGCUGAGCAUGGCCGAGAUGCGCCACCGCAUCGGGCGGCCAGUCCUCAAGGACCGUACCUUUCCGGUGCUGCAGAUGACGUGCGCCGCCAUGGACAAGGAUGCGGCGACAGACGACGCGGCCGCCGUCAGCCACCGCGAGAAGCCCGAGUUCCUGGUCGUGAGCAUCACCGUCGACGACUUCCUUGAAUCGGCUGCCGACGACGGCGGCGGGACCAAGGGCUCCGUGGUGGCCGCGUACGUGAGCGUCGAGCGGAUCCGGAAGCUGCCGGCCACUGGCGAGAUUGAAUGGAUAAUGGCGACGGCCUCGGACGCACGGGGUGUGCUCCCAAAAUGGAUGCAAGCCAAGGCCGUGCCGGGGCAGAUCGCCAAGGACGUGUUCAAGUUCCUCGUGUGGAUCGCCCAGGAGCGCGCGGCGAAGAAGAAUGGAGAGGCAGCGACGUCGGAGCCGCCGGCUACGGCAUCGUCUCAGUCAGCAGCACCCGAGCCAGAGCUUCCGCCGCUGCCGCUGCCGCUGCCAACGGCAGACCCGGCUCCGGCUCCCGCUUCGGUCUCUGCCUAGCGGCUGCUUGAUCUAGAACGAUGGGGAGAGAUAGAGAGAAAGAGUAUGAGAGAAGACGCAAAGAUACCAAAGCAUCCCAUCCCCACACUUGAAUACCUACCAAAGUUAGCUGGUCCAGCAAGAUAGUGAUAAAUAUAUCAACGAUUGCCUUUCCUGCCAUUUUGUAUGAGAGUCACGCUCGUCAGCUUGGGGAUGGAGAUGGGGCAGCAGAUUCCCUCUGAACAAGAUCGCCGUUUUUAAGUGUCGUGCUUUUUGCACCUCAGCAGUUGGUGGUGUGCUUGCCCGCAAACAAGCCGCGGCCGCUAAAAGGGGUUCUUCCAUAAUUGUUUACACACCAACGUUUCGAUGCUAUUGACUAAGUGAACCGGUACUCACAUUC